UACGGGGUUUCCAGCGGACAGCCGCAGGAGUUGAGUUCUCCUCAUCGCUGCUCCGUCUCUCAUCCGUCCAGUAACUCACUCCGCAGCAAGUGGACUCUACCCGGGACAGAACCGAAGGACACAACCCAGAGGAACACCUGAACCAGGACGGUCCCUGCAGCUUGCUGCCAGCUCAGAGAUGAACGCCUCUCUGCUGAUGCUGGUCUGUGCCCUGGCUGCUGCCGCCGUUGGCCAGCAGGAGCCCGACUACAGCCACGGCUGUGCCGACGGCAGCUGUUACCCAGCAACGGGGGACCUGCUGGUUGGACGAGAGAAGAACCUGAAGGCCUCGUCCACAUGUGGGAUGAGGAGGAAGGAGCCCUACUGCAUCGUCAGUCAUCUGCAGGAUGAGAAGAAGUGUUUUGAUUGUGACUCUAGACGGCCAUACGACCCAGUGUACAACACCAUCAACCACCGCAUAGAGAACGUCAUCACCACCUUCAAACCUCACCGCAAGAAGUCCUGGUGGCAGUCCGAGAACGGAAAGUCAGACGUCUUUAUCCAGCUGGAUCUGGAAGCAGAGUUUCAUUUCACUCACCUGAUUAUGACCUACAAGACCUUCCGUCCGGCGGCCAUGCUGAUUGAACGCUCCGCAGAUUUUGGUCGUACCUGGCAGAUCUACCGCUACUUUUCCCACGACUGCGCUGCUGCCUUUCCCGGGGUUUCCCACGGUCCUUUGCGGAACAUUAAUGAUGUCAUCUGUGAGUCACGCUACUCUGACAUCGAGCCAUCAACGGAGGGAGAGGUCAUCUACAGAGUGCUGGAGCCAGCCAUCCAUAUUGAGGAUCCAUACAGCCCCAGCAUCCAGAACCAGCUGAAGAUCACUAACCUGAGAGUGAACUUCACCAAGCUUCACACUCUGGGAGACAACCUGCUGGACCCCAGAGCUGAAAUCAAAGAGAAGUAUUACUACGCUAUAUAUGAGCUCGUCGUACGUGGAAACUGCUUUUGCUAUGGCCACGCCUCGGAGUGCGCUCCCAUCGAUGGCAUCAGGGAUGAUAUAGAAGGAAUGGUCCACGGCCGGUGUGUGUGUAACCACAAUACCAAGGGUUUGAACUGUGAGGAGUGUGAUGACUUCCACAACGACCUGCCCUGGAAACCGGCUGAGGGACGCAACACCAACGCCUGCAAGAAGUGUAACUGUAACAGCCACUCCACCCUGUGCCACUUUGACAUGGCGGUGCAUUUGGCCAUGGGGAACGUCAGCGGAGGAGUGUGUGACGACUGUCAGCACAACACCAUGGGACGCAACUGUGAGACGUGCAAACCUUUCUACUACAAAGACCCUUUUAAGGAUAUCAGGGACCCGCGGGUCUGCAUAGCUUGUGACUGCGACCCAGACGGCUCUCAGAACGGAGGGAUGUGCGACAGCCACACCGACCCCUCCCUCAGCACGGUGGGAGGUCAGUGCCGCUGUAAGGCCAACGUGGAGGGGCCGCGCUGCGACAAGUGUAAGACUGGCUUCUUUGGCCUGAGCGCCGACAACCCUCAGGGCUGCCAACCGUGCCGGUGUGACCACCGGGGAACGGUGUCCGGUAGCUCCCAGUGUGACCCCGUCAGCGGAGACUGCUUCUGCAAGCGUCUGGUCACUGGACGCAGCUGUGACCAGUGUCUGCCAGAACACUGGGCUCUGAGCCACGACCUGAAUGGCUGCCGAGGCUGUGAGUGUGACAUCGGAGGAGCUCUGGACAACCACUGCUCCAUGGAGAGCGGUCAGUGUCGCUGCCGCAGUCACAUGACAGGACGCCAGUGUACGCAGGUGGAGUCUAGAUACUUCUUCAUGGCUCUGGAUCACUUCCUGUAUGAAGCUGGGUCAGCCAAAAUGGGGCAGGGCUGUACGUUAGAGACCAGAGAGCACCAGCAGGGUCGCCCCGCCACAUGGACGGGCAUUGGGUUUGCCCGGGUACCUGAGGGCGGCACCCUGGAGUUCCUCAUCAGUAACAUCCCCUACUCCAUGGAAUAUGACCUGCUCCUCCGCUACGAGUCUCAGAUGCCCCGAGACUGGGAGGAGGUGCGUAUAACCGUGAUCCGUCCGGGGCCCAUUCCUACCAGCAGCCCCUGUGGAAACACCAUCCCAGAUGAUGACAGACUCAGUGUCUCCCUUCCAGCUGGAGCCAGGUUCGUGGUCCCUCCUCAGGCUGUGUGUCUGGAGAGAGGCGUGACUUACAGCCUCCGCUUUGAGUUCAGACGCUAUCAGGAUGCCAACAGCAUCCUCAACGGGGCGGCCAACGCUCUCCUCCUUGUGGACUCUAUCGCCUUGAUGCCUCGCCACUCCUCCAUGGAGAUGUUCAACGCAGGGGAUCCAGCUUCUAACAUCAGGAAGCAGACGUAUGAGCGGUACCGCUGCCACGAGGGGGCCAAGAGUGUAACCCGUCCGCUGAUGAGUGACACCUGUGCCAAGCUAAUCACCAGCAUGUCGGCCAUCAUAAACGACGGGGCGCUGUCUUGUAACUGUGACCCUCAGGGGUCCAUCAGCUCCAUGUGUGACGUCCGCGGGGGCCAAUGCCAGUGCAAGCCCAAUGUGAUCGGUCGACGCUGUGACCAGUGUGCUCCGGGAACUUACGGCUUUGGACCGUCAGGUUGCAUAGCCUGCGGUUGCAGCUUGGAAGGCGCUGUGACUCGACUUUGUGACAAGUUCACCGGUCAGUGCCAGUGCCGUCCCGGAGCGUUUGGUCAGCGCUGCGACGGAUGUCAGGCGGGUCACUGGGGCUUCCCCAGCUGCCGACCCUGCCAAUGUAACGGACACGCCAACAAGUGUGACCAGAGGACCGGAGCCUGCAUCAACUGUAGGGACAGCACUGGAGGAGACAAGUGUGACAGGUGUGCCAAUGGUUACUAUGGUAACCCAGUUUUGGGCAAAGCAUCGAGUGGUCAGUGUCGCCCGUGCCCCUGUCCAGACGGCCCCAACAGUGGACGCCACUUUGCUGCAUCUUGUUACCAGGACAACCGUAACAGACAAAUCAUCUGCAACUGUAACCAGGGUUACACAGGGAUUGUUAAACGCUCCGGGGCGACCAUUUUUAAGCGAGCCCGCUGUGAGGAAUGUGCUCCGGGUUACUAUGGCAACCCCUCUCAGCGCGGAGGGCGCUGCCAGCCGUGCCAGUGCAACAACAACAUAGACAUGUCAGACAUGGAGGCUUGUGACAGGCGGACCGGAGAGUGCAGGAAAUGCCUCUACAACACCGAGGGCGCCGUCUGUGGCGUCUGCAAGAGCAGCUAUUUCGGAGACGCCUCCCGACGCAACUGCAGGAAGUGCACAUGUAACUUCCUGGGUACUGACCGCGGCCAGUGUAUGGAGCGUGAGGACUGCGUGUGCCAGCGCGCCACAGGGCAGUGCCAGUGUCUACCAAACGUCAUUGGACUGACAUGUGACCACUGCGCCCCCAACCACUGGAACCUGGCCAGCGGGAGGGGCUGUGAACCCUGUGGCUGUGAUCCCAACAACUCAGUCACCUCCUCAUGUAACGAGUUCACUGGGCAGUGUCAGUGUCGUGACGGCUUUGGUGGGAAGACCUGCACAGACUGUCAGGAGAACUACUGGGGAGACCCCAGGACACAGUGCAGAGCUUGUGACUGUGACUGGCGUGGCAUUGAGGCCUCUCAGUGCAACCGGGUGAGCGGCCACUGUGUGUGCCAGCAGGGGGUGUCGGGUGUCCGCUGUGACCAGUGUGCCAGAGGCUUCUCUGGCCAGUUCCCCCACUGUCAGCCCUGCCACCAGUGCUUCGGGGACUGGGAUCGCAUUGUGCAGGACCUUGUGGUGCGUACCAAGGCUCUGGCAGAGCGUGCCCACGAGAUUCAGACCACUGGGCUUACUGGGGCCUAUGAAAAGGCCUUCAGAGACCUGGAGCUGAAACUGGCACAAGCUCAGGGCAUUGUCAACGCACGCAACGCCACCGCUACAGCGGUCGCUACCCUGAUGGAGCUCAUUGAAGAUCUCAGAGCGCAGAUCGGUGAGACCACUGACACCCUAAACCGUCUGGAGGGAGACCUAACCAUCGUCCAGGACAGCAAUUCUGAGGCCAGCAAGGAGCUGAGUGCUCUGGAGAGAGAGGCUAAAGAACUGAACCUCACUUCAGAGCAGCUGCACCGACAACUGGACGUCCUAAAAAACUCCAACUUCCUGGGCGCGUACGACAGCAUCCGUAGCUCCUACAACAAGUCUCGAGAUGCUGAGCAGCGUGCCAAUCAAUCAACAACCACCAGGCCCAGCACGGUCAGCCAAUCUGCAGACACUCGCCGCCGCACCGAGCGCCUCAUCAACGCCAAGAAGGACGACUUCAACCGUAAAAAUGCUGCCAACAAACGUGCGCUUGGAGACCUCAACACCAGAGCACAGGGCCUGGACAUGAAGAAGAUCAAUGAGAAGGUUUGCGGCGCUCCGGGUGAUGCUCCCUGUGAGGAAAGUCCUUGUGGGGGUGCAGGUUGCCGUGACGAUGAAGGGAACCGUCACUGUGGAGGCCUAAACUGUAACGGCGCUGUAGCAGUAGCUGACAACGCCCUGGAGAGAGCCAAACACGCAGAGAAGGAGCUGAACAAGGCUAUGGGAGAGGUGGAGGGACUCUAUACCAAGGUGGCAGACGCCAAGACCAAGGCAGAGGAGGCCAAGGGUAAAGCCCAGGCAGCUCUGGACAAAGCCACCGCCACCAAGAACAAAGUGGAGCGCUCCAACAAUGACCUGAGAGACCUCAUCAAACAGAUCAGAGACUUCCUCACCCAGGAAGGCGCAGACCCAGACAGCAUCGAGGCAGUGGCCAACCGUGUGUUGGAGCUCUCCAUCCCUGCUUCACCCCUCCAGAUCAGACAUCUCGCCGAUGAAAUCAAGGAACGGGUUCGCAGCCUUUCCAACGUGGAUGCCAUCCUGCAGCAGACGCAGGACGAUGUCCGCAAGGCAGAGCAACUGCUGCUGGAUGCCAAGAGGGCAAGGCACAGUGCUGAGGGGGUGAAAGCCACAGCAGAGACGGUGAAACAGGCCCUGGCUGACGCUAAGACCGCCCAGACGUCAGCAGAGAAGGCCAUAGCCAGAGCCAAAGCGGACAUCGGAGACACUGAAGCCCGACUGGCACAGAUUGAGUCAGAGACGUCCAGCAGCGAGAAGGACCUGACUGAUGCCAUGGACCGCCUGGGCACGCUGGGACGGGACAUCAACGCCCUUAAGACCAAACGGGCCAACAACAGCAUGGCAGCGGCCCGGGCAGAAGAGACGGCCACCAUGGCCCGAGACAAGGCCAACGAAGCCAAGCAGAUUCUAGACGGCCAGCUAACAGAUAAAUACCAUGAGGUGCAGCAGCGGGUCGACACAAAGGCCAAAGCUGUGCAGGACGCCAAGAAAAGAGCAGAGAGCCUCAGAGAUGAAGCAAAGGAGCUACUGAGAGACGCCCAGAACAAGCUGCAGAGGCUAGCAGAGCUGGAGAAAAACUAUGAGGAGAACCAGAGGAGGCUGGAGGGGAAAGCUCGUCAGUUGGACGGCCUGGAGGACAAGAUGAAAGCCAUCCUCAAUGACAUCAACAAGCAGAUCCAGAUCUACAACACAUGCCAGUAACUCACUACUACUCCAUGUCACACAAAACAAGUGCAUCAUGGGAUUGUUCUGGCAUUUAUUCCAGAUACAGUAACUGAUCAAUAGAGACAAAAAUAAAUCAUUAAAGAAGAGGGCUAUAUAAAACAUAUUUUAUUUUGAUUUUAUGCACAUUGAUUUUGAUUUUCAAAAUAAUCUAUAAAUGUAUCUGUGUUUAGAUUUGAUAACAUGAAACAAAUAUAUUUUAGGAAAGGUCAGUAAUACUCAGAUUUGGGUGAAAAUGAUGCAUUGCAAACAAUCUGUAGUUUUCUUGUUUUUUACUUACGUAGAGUGACUGUUGUAUAAUCAGCGGUUCAAUAUCAUUUUUAUGAAGUCUCUGUUACUACUGGAAGUAUAUUCUGAGCUGUGCUCAUCACAAGAGGACUUCAUAUACACCGCAGUGGACAGUGUCUUCUUUCUGAGUAAAACACAACAACUUUUGGGUGCAGGAGGACAUAACAUCAGAAUGACAAUCUGACAAAUUGAACUGGAUUUCUUUUGGUAAAGAUCACUAAAACAUUCAAAGAAUAAUAAGGCUUUCAUUAUUUUUAUAAUUUGAAAUAAGCCAAAAAAAAACAUAGAGGAGGAUCUACAGUAGUCUCCACUGCUGUAGAUCCUCCUCCCUGUGCAUUCAUCUGGAUUUUAAAUGUAUUUGUACCAACUGUGGUGCUGGGAAUCCAUUUGUUGUGUCUGCCUUUAUACAAAUAACAUGGAAACAAAUAUUUUGACCAUUUUUUAUGUGAAAAUGUAAUGAACUGCUAAGCCAAUAGAUAUAACCAGCCCAAAAAAACACCUCUGCCUGGAGUAGGAGGAUGACUGUACACUAAUACCACUCAGGAAUAAAGUCACAAUGAGAGCAGUGUAAGCUAACAGUUUAUGCUAACAGUGUAUGCUAGUGGCACAGCUCUAGUAAUGCUAUAAUGGGUCAGUCUGUAUGUGGCUGAAUAUCUCAAGAACUGUUGGAUAGAACUGUUGAACGGUCCAGCUGAGUCUGACCCGCUCUAACGGGGUCACUGUACAGAGGACAAACCCUCUUUAUUUAGGUAACAAAAUGGCAUUCCCUCUGGCUCCACCCUCAGGACAAACUUAAAGGACUAGGCUUUUCACACUGCAUGUCCUUAGCCCUGGGUUAAGAGUUAACCCUGGGAUAACACACACAUUGUUAAACCAGGGUCAACCUAAACCCGGGGCUACACCAUUCACACUGCACUUCUACUAGCCCUAAUGUUUACAUUGUAGAAUAAUGCUUAACUUCUCUAUAACACAAUGGAAAACUAAAACGUGACACAACCUACAUUGUUUACUUGAGCCCUGUUUCACACUGGCAACUCUUAGCCCCGUGUUUAGUCGAUUUUCAGCCCUAGACUAAAGUCGGGGUUAGCCCACUUUCACUUGCUAUAGUGUAAAAGCUAGCUAAGUGACCCUCCCACACACCGCUGCACUAUAACGCCUGAUUAGGUGUGAAUGCAGCCUAAGUGCAGUGUGAAAAGCCCAUUAAAACACUGCUACCACCAGCAGUCUGUUAGCUUAGCAUAAAGACCUGAAUCAGGGGGAAACAGCUGACCUGGCUCUAUUAAAAGGCUAAAUAAAUUCACCUCCUAACAACUUGAAAAGUCACUAAUCAACACGUCUUCCUGGGGUCAUGCGAAGAAUUUAAAAAUGUCUAGAUUCCUUGGAGUCUCGUGAUCACCGCGAAGUUGCCAGGCAACAAGUGGAGACUCCUGCGAGUCACUGCUCCCGCCCAAUAGUCUAGCACAUAUACCUCCUGGUGAAACCACAACUUCUUGUUUAUACACUUAGUUUUUUUGUACAGAUUAAACAAACAAGACAUAACGUUAAGUUGAUUACUGAACUUAAAGAGACGCCGGUCUACUUUUUUACUUCUGGAUAGAGCAAGGCUAGCUGUUCCCCCUCUAUCCAGUCUUUAUGCUAAGCUAAGCUAAGCUAACUGUCUCCUAUAAUGGACAAAUAGGAGUGGUAUUGAUGCUCUCAUCUAACUCUCAGCAAGAAAGCAAAUAGGUGUGAUUCCCUGAAUGUUGAAUAUUGAACUGUUCCUUUUAGUCAUCAACAGGAUCAUUUUUAUGAAUGCCAAACUUGUGAUGCACAGAUUGUGAAUGUUUGUGUACUGUGAUGGAAUAAGAUCUGCAGUAAUGGAUGCCUCACUGUAGUGACACAGUACUAUACAGUAUGUUCAGUGUUGAAUUGUGCCUUAUAGUAUGCCAGUGUUUUGGACAUUUACUCAUAUACCAUUUACAUGAACGUGUAUGCUUUCGGAAACGUACCAAACCAAAAAGCUAACUUUGUACACAGGUCUGUUUCCCUCAGAUCACAUAUCAACUGGCAGCCACGUCAUAUUGAUAACUAAGUGCCAAAGCAAAAAUACCAAAACCUUUAACCAUGAAAAGUUUUGUGAAUAAAGGCUGGAUAACUUCACA